GGGCGGGGCCUCGAGGGCGGCUCUGGCGGCGCCUGGAGCGGCGUCCGCGGCGGCGGGACCGGGGGUAGUUGGUGCAGACCGGAGUCCCAUGGUGCGGGGCUACGGCCAGGCCGCAGGAGAAGCCCGAGCUCCGGGCCGCCCCAGCUGACCGUGCGGGCCCGCGCGGCCCGGAGCCGCCGCCGCCCUUCGGGCCCCGCGGGGGCGCGGGCCGGCCAGCCAUGGGGUCCCUGUUCCGGAGCGACACCAUGUGCCUGGCGCAGCUCUUCUUGCAGUCCGGCACGGCCUACGAGUGCCUCAGCGCCCUGGGCGAGAAGGGCCUGGUCCAGUUCCGAGACCUGAACCAGAAUGUAAGUUCUUUCCAAAGAAAAUUUGUUGGUGAGGUGAAGAGGUGUGAAGAACUAGAGCGAAUAUUGGCAUAUUUGGUGCAGGAAAUUAAUAGAGCUGAUAUUCCCCUCCCUGAGGGAGAGACCAGUCCUCCUGCACCACCCCUUAAACAAGUGCUCGAAAUGCAGGAGCAGUUGCAGAAGCUGGAGGCUGAGCUGAGGGAGGUCACGAAGAACAAGGAGAGGCUGAGGAAGAACCUCCUGGAGCUGACCGAGUACACCCACGUGCUGCGAGUGAGCAAGGCCUUCGUCAGGCGCGACAUGCAGUUUGAACCCACUUACGAAGAAUUCCCUCCCUUGGAGAACGAUUCUUUGUUGGACUACAGCUGUAUGCAGAGGCUGGGAGCAAAACUGGGAUUUGUGUCUGGCCUCAUUAACCAAGGGAAAGCUGAAGCAUUCGGGAAAACGCUGUGGCGAGCCUGCAGAGGGCACAGCAUCGUGACGCACGCAGAACUGGAGGGGCCCCUGGAAGACCCUGAAACGGGAGAAGUCAUAAAAUGGUAUGUGUUUUUGAUAUCCUUUUGGGGAGAGCAGAUUGGCCACAAGGUUAAGAAGAUAUGUGACUGUUACCAUUGCCACGUUUACCCCUACCCGAAUACCGCCGAGGAGCGGAGAGAGAUUCAGGAGGGCCUGAACACCCGGAUUCAAGAUCUGUAUACUGUGCUUCACAAAACCGAGGAUUACUUAAGGCAAGUGCUCUGUAAAGCCGCCGAGUCAGUCUACAGCCGCGUCAUCCAGGUGAAGAAGAUGAAAGCCAUUUACCACAUGCUGAACAUGUGCAGCUUCGACGUGACCAACAAGUGCCUCAUCGCCGAGGUCUGGUGUCCCGAGGCCGACCUGCAUGAGCUGCGCCUUGCUCUGGAGGAGGGCUCGAGACAGAGCGGUGCUUCGAUCCCCUCAUUCAUGAACACAAUCCCAACAAAAGAAACACCCCCGACUCUCAUCCGCACCAACAAAUUCACCGAGGGGUUUCAGAACAUCGUGGAUGCCUACGGGGUUGGGAGCUACCGAGAAGUGAACCCAGCUCUCUUUACCAUCAUCACUUUCCCCUUUUUAUUUGCCGUGAUGUUUGGAGACCUUGGACAUGGCUUUGUGAUGUUCUUAUUUGCCCUCCUGUUGGUGUUAAAUGAAGAUCAUCCCAGACUAAGUCAGUCACAAGAGAUCGUGCGGAUGUUUUUCAACGGCCGCUACAUCCUUCUGCUGAUGGGGCUGUUCUCAGUGUACACGGGCCUCAUCUACAACGACUGCUUCUCCAAGUCGCUCAACCUCUUCGGCUCCGGGUGGAACGUGUCUGCCAUGUACAGCUCCGGUCACAGCCCAGCGGAGCAGAGGAAGAUGAUGCUCUGGAAUGACAGCGUCAUCAGGCACAACAGGGUUUUGCAGUUGGAUCCCAGUGUUCCUGGAGUGUUCCGAGGCCCUUAUCCUCUUGGCAUCGAUCCCAUUUGGAACUUGGCCACAAAUCGUCUCACUUUUCUGAACUCUUUCAAAAUGAAAAUGUCUGUGAUUUUAGGAAUUAUUCACAUGACUUUUGGAGUCAUUCUGGGAAUAUUUAACCACUUACAUUUCAGGAAGAAGUUCAACAUUUACCUGGUUUCCAUCCCGGAACUUCUCUUCAUGCUCUGCAUCUUUGGCUACCUUGUCUUUAUGAUUUUCUAUAAGUGGCUGGUUUAUUCAGCAGAAACCUCCAGAGUCGCUCCUAGCAUUCUGAUUGAAUUUAUUAAUAUGUUUUUAUUCCCGGCUAGUGACACAGGUGGUCUUUACCCAGGGCAGGAGCACGUCCAGAGGCUGCUUCUGGUCAUCACAGCGUUGUCUGUCCCUGUGCUCUUCUUGGGAAAGCCACUCUUCUUGUUGUGGCUUCACCGUGGGCGCAGUUGCUUUGGGGUCAGCAGGAGUGGUUACACACUUGUAAGGAAAGAUAGCGAGGAAGAAGUUUCUUUGCUGGGAAGCCAAGACAUAGAAGAGGGAAACUACCAAAUGGAAGGUGGUUGUAGAGAAGUGACGUGUGAAGAGUUUAAUUUUGGAGAAAUAUUAAUGACCCAAGUAAUUCAUUCCAUCGAGUACUGUCUGGGAUGCAUCUCCAACACCGCUUCGUACCUGAGGCUCUGGGCACUCAGUUUGGCUCACGCACAGCUAUCUGACGUGCUGUGGGCCAUGCUGAUGCGGGUCGGCCUCCGCGUAGACACGACCUACGGGGUCUUGCUGCUUCUCCCAGUCAUCGCUCUCUUUGCGGUUUUGACCAUUUUCAUCCUUUUGAUCAUGGAAGGGCUUUCUGCAUUUCUUCACGCCAUCCGCCUCCACUGUACGCGGGCCUCUCACUAUUGUGGCCUCUCCCGUUGCGGAGCACAGGCUCCGGACGCGCAGGCUCAGCGGCCAUGGCUCACGGGCCCAGCCGCUCCGCGGCAUGUGGGAUCCUCCCGGACCGGGACACGAACCCGUGUCCCCUGCAUCGGCAGGUGGAUUCUCAACCACUGCGCCUGACCAGGGAAGCCCUGAACCUUUUAAAUUGUAGUAAAGAUUCCAUGCUACUCCUCUCAUAUGAGAUGCUGUCCCUCAUAAUAUCAAACAUAAAAUGAUGCUGAUGAAACUCUUAAAAAUGAUACUGCUGGGCUUCCCUGGUGGCGCAGUGGUUGAGAGUCCGCCUGCCGAUGCAGGGGACGCGGGUUCGUGUCCCGGUCCGGGAGGAUCCCACAUGCCGCGGAGCGGCUGGGCCCGUGAGCCAUGGCCGCUGAGCCUGCGCGUCCGGAGCCUGUGCCCCGCAAUGGGAGAGGCCACAACAGUGAGAGGCCCGCGUACCGCAAAAAAAAAAAUGAUACUGCUGUCAACGUUAAGUUUCUUCAGAAAGGCACUUGGACACUUCUUUUGGGUGAAUAUGAAAUCUGAAUAAUGCCUUCCAGGUUUCAAAUGUGUCCCUCACAAGUUCUUAUUUUUAUUAUUUUACUCCAAGAUGGUAACUAAUUCAUCCUUAGGAAACCCACCAUUUUAACUGACUAGUAAACUGACUAGUUAACCGACUAGUAAACAAGAGACGUACAGCAUCUGCUAGAAUUCUUUUCUGUCCCCAUUGGCAGUUGUCACGGGGGCCACUUUUUAAUUCCAGUGAACGCCUCUAUCAGGGCAUAGAACAGAGGGUGAAGAGUCACUUUUCAACUGAAACCUAUGUAGUACUGUAGAACAUAAUGGUAUAAAAGACGGAUUGUCAGUCCUAAUUUUUGUGAAAGAACUCUCUAGAAUUACAGUUUGAUGGUGUCUUUUAGGCACCAAGGUAAAUUUUCUUUCUUAAUAUAAAGCUGCUGGUUCCAGUGUCAUGUUACCAGAGCAGUUGCUCUGUUUUGUUUGUUAAGCUGUUUGGUAGAACUAUUAUGUGUACAGUUUCUAAGACAUAACUUCAUGCCCUUGAUAGCAAGCAUCCAGGGGAAGAAUGCUCAGUUGUCUGGAUGAUGCUAAGUUAACCUGUUUAUUUUCCUAACGCGAAAAGUCACGACUGCCACGUCUUCCGGUUUUCAUUCAGGUGUGCAUCCUAAAAUAGAAAUCCAAGGGAUUUCUUCAGAAAAAUAGAGUUUGCUUUCGGCCUGCAAGGGUGAAGGAGGUCCUCGUGGUGAUUGAUUGUGCUGAGUUAAGGAGUGCAAAGGGGGUUUGAUGGGGGUCACGCUGAGCCCGUGGCCUGGCAGCUUAUUGCGGCUAGGACGUUGAGGGGACUCACCUUUCACUGAGUGCCACUCUGUCCUUAUUUCUGGAAUGGGUAUUUUAUAACAACAUUCUGAUCUGAAUUUUCAUUCUGCAGCAGUUUAAUAAGGCGUAGACUAUAGGAUAGGUAACUCUUAUGUUUACGAAUUAAAAAUUCAGACACUUUAGGGCCUGAUUCAUUUUGGAAAACAGAAAUAAAAAUAACUUCAACUGUUCUGCAGUCUGCAUUUAAAAACAACUUUAUUAAAAAUUUAAAAGCCAGGUUUGCUUGCAUGCCAUCUGGUAUAUCUCCAGCAAGGUUAUUAAGAAAUCUUAUUCAAGAUGAUGAAAAUAAGACAGGUCCGAGUAGUAAUUUUCCAACAGCCAGGCCAAUGAUGCUGAACUUUGGUUUAGAAUUUUAAGAAAUACUUAGAACAUUCUACCUGUUCCUUGAUGGGAAAAUCCAAUAAGAAGGCUAGGUUCUUAGGGUCAGCCCAAUAAUCUCUAGGGGCUCAGUGAGGGAAAACGACUGAACAAGUUAAAGAACCACAGAUGUAUGAAGGGACACAUUUGCAUCUUCCUAUCAGUAUUGAACUUCCCUUUAUUAAUGAAAAAUAAAUUUAUCUCUAUUUUUGAAA